GCUUACUCCUAAAUUACUUAUGUCACUCUCACUUCACAGAAUCACUUUAUUUCCAUUAUCAAACACCUUCUCUCCUUUCUCUUUCUUGCUUCUCCAAUGGCUUCUCACUGCACACUCUCACUCUCACUCAUAUUCCUCCUAGUCUUCACCAUUAAUGCUUCUUCACCAUCAUCUUCAUCAACUUCUUCAGAAGCAGAUAUUCUGUUAACUUUCAAAUCCGCCAUUAAUGAUCCCAUGAACUACCUCUCAUCUUGGUCCAACACCACCACUACUCACCACUGUAACUGGACUGGUGUCACCUGCACCACCACCACCACCGUUUCAUCUCUCACCCUUCAAAAUCUCAAUCUCUCCGGUGAAAUCUCACCUUCGGUUUGUCAACUCUCUAAUCUCAUUACCCUUAACCUAGCUGAUAAUUUCUUUAACCAACCUAUUCCUCUGCAUCUUUCCCAGUGUUCUUCUUUAAACACUCUCAAUCUAAGCAGUAAUCUCAUCUGGGGUACAAUCCCAGAUCAGAUUUCUCAGUUUAAAUCUCUCAAGUUUCUUGAUUUGAGCAAAAACCAUGUCGAAGGUAAGAUACCAGAUGGAGUUGGGUCGUUACUGAAUCUUCAAGUUCUUAAUCUUGGCAAUAACUUGUUGUCAGGUAGUGUCCCUAAUGUUCUUGGAAACUUUACGGAGUUGAUUGUUCUUGAUUUAUCUGAAAACCCUUUUAUGGAGAGUGAGAUUCCAAGUGAUAUUGGGAAGCUUUUGAAACUUGAGCAGGUUUUGUUGCAAAGAUCUGGUUUUUAUGGUGAAAUACCGAACUCUAUUGUUGAAAUGAAGGAGUUGACAAUAGUUGACCUCUCUCAGAACAAUCUUACAGGUGUUUUACCUUCAAGAAUCGGAAGCUCUUUCGAAAAGUUGGUUUCUUUUGAUGUUUCACAAAACAAUCUUUUUGGGUAUUUCCCAGACGGGAUUUGUGAAUCCCCUGGGCUUACAAGUCUAAGCCUUCAUACAAACUAUUUCAAUGGAACAUUACCCAAUACCUCAAUUGCUAAUUGCUUGAAUCUUGAAAGAUUGGAGCUUCAAAACAAUGGGUUUCAUGGCGAUUUCCCAAACAACUUGUGGUCAUUGCCUAAAAUCAAGGUGAUUAGAGCCGAAAACAAUCGGUUUUCUGGUGAAAUACCUGAUUCCAUAUCAAUGUCUUCUCAAUUAGAACAAGUUCAGAUAGAUAACAACAGUUUCAUCGGCAAAAUCCCUCAUGGUCUUGGCAUGGUUAAAAGCUUGUACAGAUUCUCUGCCUCUCUUAAUGGCUUAUACGGUGAACUUCCACACAACUUUUGCGAUUCCCCACUAAUGAGCAUCAUCAAUUUCUCCCAUAAUUACAUUACUGGUGAAAUCCCAGAGCUAAAAGAAUGUAAAAAGUUAGUUUCUUUGUCUUUAGCUGAUAACAAUUUUGUUGGCGAAAUCCCAGAAUCGCUAGGAGAUUUACCUGUGCUUACUUACCUUGAUCUUUCCCAUAAUAAUCUCACAGGUGAAAUCCCCCUUGAGCUUCAAAACCUGAAACUUGCCCUUUUUAACGUAUCUUUCAAUAGACUAUCAGGUAGAGUCCCUUCCUCAUUAACCGCAGGACUUCCCGCUUUAUACAUAGAAGGAAACCCCGAUUUAUGUGGGCCCGGAUUGUCAAAUCCUUGUUCAAAAGAUGAUUCUCUGCACAAAAUAGCCGGGAUUUCAAAACUGGCUUGCGCAUUGAUUUCCUUAGCUUUGUUAGCUGGGAUACUGAGUUUAGCAUUUGGGUUUUAUGUUCUUCGGAGAUCGUCAAUCCAAAAAUCUGAAACGGGUAUUUGGAGAUCCGUUUUCUUUUAUCCACUUCGAGUUACAGAGCAGGAUUUGAUCAUGGCGAUGGAUGAAAAAGCUUCUAGAGGUAGUUCUGGAGGUUUUGGAAGAGUUUACAUUAUAAACUUGCCUAGUAACGAGCUUAUAGCUGUGAAGAAGAUAGACAAUAUCAGAAACCAAUCUUUUAAAACUUUGAAAACGGAAGUGAAGACGUUAGCCAAAAUCAGACACAAAAACAUAAUCAGAAUCUUGGGGUUUUGCCAUUCGGAUGAUUCAAUCUUUUUGAUCUAUGAAUGUAUGGAAAAAGGGAGUCUUGGUGAUUUGAUAAGCAAAGGUGACUUCCAGUUGGCAUGGAGUUUUCGCUUGAAAAUCGCCAGAAUUGCUCAAGGAUUGGCUUAUCUUCACAAGGACUACGUUCCCCAUUUGCUUCAUAGAGAUGUUAAGUCCAAAAAUGUUCUUUUGGACGCUGAAUUUGAACCAAAGCUCACGGAUUUCGCAUUGGAUCGGAUUCUUGGUGAAAUUACAUUCAAGUCCUCCUUGGAUUCAAACUCAUCAUCUUCCUGCUACAUGGCACCAGAAUUAGGGUACAAUAAAAAGGCUACCGAACAAAUGGACACAUACGGAUUCGGUGUCAUCUUACUAGAACUUGUAACAGGUCGAGCAGCUGAACAAGUGGAAUCAAAUGAGGAGUCUCUUGAUGUUGUGAAGUGGGUAAGAAGGAAAGUUAACAUAAGUAAUGGGGCAGUUCAAAUUCUUGACCCGAAAAUUUCGAGUUUGUGUAAAAAGGAAGCUUUGGGAAUGCUUGAAAUAGCUCUAAAAUGCACAUCGGUUAUGCCUGAAAAACGACCUUCGAUGUGUGAAGUCGUGGUUGAACUUCGGUCUAUUGGCUCAAAGAAUUAUGUCCCUGAGUCUUGAUUUUGUCGCCAUCAGUUUGAUGUUCCAACCAAGAAACAAUGAUAUAUCAAGUCUAUGUAAAUUAUGAGUUUGAAUUGCUUUAUACAAUAUCCUUUUGUUUUCUCUA